CGAUGAUCCAAACGACCUCGAGAGGGUCAACGACCAUCACGAUGCCACCGAAGGGGAACGACAAGCGCCACUUCGGAUCAGAAUGUCCACAGCAGGAAGUCCCAUGUCUUCCCAUUGUAUAAAGGACAAUGGCCACCCUCCCCGCUGCCUGGUGUUUGCUUCUGUUCUCCAGAUCCAGCGUUUUGACCGCCAGCAACGGCAUUACAAGUGCAUUCCCUCCCGUUCUCACCUGGACGGUCCGUCAUAGCGCAUUGGUGUUUGUCGAACAAUAAACAUCGCCGACUGAUAUUCCUUAAAAUCGCUUUGUCGAUCCCCUCUUGCCCCUCACAUCCGUUCCAGCGAUCAUCUUAUACAUACAUCCCAUCCCGUCAACAUGGCCAAUCCACAGCGGAAUGCCCCAAAGAAGGCCGUCCACUUUGGUGCUGGCAACAUCGGCCGUGGUUUCGUUGCCUGCUUCUUGCACAACUCGGGCUACGAGGUUCUCUUCGUCGAGGUUAACGACGAGACGGUAAACAAGCUCAACUCCCAGAAGAGCUACCGGGUUAUUGAAGUCGGCGCCGACGGCACGACGGAAUCAACCAUCACCAACUACCGCGCCAUCAACUCGAGGACACACGAGGCCGAGCUGGUCCGCGAAAUUGCGACUGCCGACGUUGUUACCUGCUCGGUCGGCCCUCACAUCCUCAAGCAUAUUGCUCCCGUCAUUGCCAAAGGCAUCGAGGCACGGUCACCUGAUUUAACCCCGGUCGCCGUCAUUGCAUGCGAGAACGCUAUUGGCGCCACAGACACUCUUGCCGAGUUCAUCAAGGCGCCCGAAAACACUAACCCCGACCGGCUUGCCGACUACGACAAGCGCGCCCGCUUUGCCAACUCCGCGAUCGACCGCAUCGUUCCCGCCCAGGACCCCGAUUCCGGCUUGGACGUCCGGCUCGAGAAAUUCUACGAGUGGGUUGUCGAGAGCAACCCGUUCGCCGACCAUGCGCCGCCCGAUAUCAAGGGUAUCAACUGGGUGACCAACCUGCAACCCUUCAUCGAGCGCAAGUUGUACACGGUCAACACAGGCCACGCGACAGCGGCGUACCACGGUUACGUGCGGCGCAAGAGCACCGUCUACGACGCGUUGCAGGACCGCGACAUCCAGGACGAGGUCAGGAAGGCGCUGUGCAACACGGCCGAACUCAUUACGCAGAAGCACGGCAUCCCCGCCGAGGAGCAGCAGGCUUACGUCGACAAAAUUGUCCGCCGCAUUGGCAACCCGCACCUCGAGGACGCCGUCGAGCGCGUCGGCCGCGCCCCGCUCCGCAAGCUCAGCCGCAAGGAGCGAUUCAUUGGCCCUGCCGCCGAGCUGGCCGAGAACGGCAAGGACUGCAGCGCACUGCUGGACGCCGCCGAGAUGGCUUUUCGCUUCCAAAAGGUCGAGGGUGACGACGAGUCGUUCAAGCUCGCCGAGAUUAUGGAGAAGAAGGAGCCCGACGACGUCGUCAAGGAGAUCUGCGGUUUGCAGCCGCAGGACAAGGUCUUCCCGGCCGUCGUCGAUGUCGUCAAGCGUGUCCAGGCUGAUACGCUGUCGGAGUCCCCGUAGAUUGGCAGCCAGGCUGCCAAUUCUCUUCUCUUCUCGCAUCGCAAUUUGACGUCUUCUUGGGUCUAAGCGCACCCUUUCAGGGAAUGAUAUGGAUUAGUAACUGGGCAGUGAUUGGAUUUCUCUGACAAAGCAUGGUCUCGGCGUUUAUCCGGUCUUUCUGGUUUUCUUUUCCCUGAUAUUUGCCGCAUCAAUCGGGUUAGCGACACGAUGGACUUCAUAAUGGGUCUAAAGAGAGCUGUCUCACAGCCGCGAUACCUGGAUUGGCUUGCAAACCACUUUCAAAAAAUAGACAGAAUGGACAGUGCCAGACUUGUCCUAUUUGGCAUCCGUCUCCAUUCAUGUUGAACCAAGUACCAACACAUGCACUAAGUUGAUGGUCGGAAU